GGUGGAAGAAGGAGGCGGCGGGCGCUGGGAGUGGGGGUAGCAGGCGGUUUUCGCGCCUCUGUCUAGUUCGGUCCGGUCCGGUCCCGUGUGGUCCGCGCGCUCGCCCGCCCGCCGUUUGUCGAGGAGGUGCUGCCGCCGUCUCGCGGAACUCGGAGUCGUUGGGACUUCUCCCUCCAAUCUGGGUGCCGAGGAGACUCCGAUGUUGAACUUAGCAGAUCAGCCCAUGAAAACUUCCAUACUCAGACUAAGAAACAGAUCUGGCAGAAAACAACAUUUGUUAUCCUGGGCCUGGCAACAGGGAAGAAGACAAGUGGUGGAAAUCUUACAGUCUGCAAAGCAGACUGAAAGGUGACAUCGAAGCUGGAGAUGGGUGGCGGAGAGAGAUUCAACAUUCCAGGUCCCCAAUCUAGAAAUGUUAGUAAGAACCAACAACAGCAGCUUAAUAGGCAAAAGAACAAGGAUCAGAAUCCCCAGAUGAAGAUUGUUCACAAGAAGAAAGAAAGAGGGCAUUCCUAUAAUUCAUCUGCAGCUGCAUGGCAGGCUGUACAAAGUGGAGGGAAGAAUGGGCAUUUCCCGAAUAAUCAAAACUGGAAUUCCAGCUUGGCAAGUUCCAGUUUAUUUCUGAAAUCCCAAACUAACCAGAACUACGCCGGAGCGAAAUUCAGUGAGCCGCCGUCGCCAAGUGUUCUCCCUAAACCUCCCAGCCACUGGGUUCCGGUUUCCUUGAAUCCUUCUGAUAAAGAAAUAAUGACCUUCCAACUGAAAGCCUUACUUAAAGUCCAGCUGUGAUGUGAGAUAAUCAGAUUGCUGGUGUUUCAAUGUUUAGGACUUCAGGUAUUUGACAGGAGCGCAUCAAUGUUUGUUCCUAAACAUAAAAACUUCAUAGCUAGGGAUUUUGUCUUUCAUCUGUAUAGAGCAGCUGACUGAUAAUAGUGGGUAAUACUUGAUGUAAAAUUUCAUCCUGCUUAUAUGUUAGUGUGUGUACGUAUGUGUGUAUGCACUGCCCUCUGACUAAGGAGAUACGUGGCUGCCGCAUUAGAUGGCAGUUUGAAAUCAAUUAUUUAGAAUGUGUGGACUUGAUAUCAAUUGUUCUUAAUUGAAUAGCAGCUCUUCCAGUUUUGAACUUGAAACCAUGGUUUGAAUUGUAAAGGAGGAUUUAUGGUAUAGACUCAUGGGCUUUUCUUAAUUAGGGAAAGAAGUUUUUGUAUUAUGAUCAUGUUUCUUGGCAAAAACAAUAGUGCAGUGAACAUUUAGUGUGAGGCAACAGUAGACGUCAUUUUUGGAAAACAAGCUAAAAUCACUUAUGGCUGGGAUAAAGGACUGGUUGAAUACCAGCCACUUAGAAUGGAAUAGCAAACUGUACUGCCAUAUCCAUUGUGAGUUUUCUGGAAUAGACAGAUGUGAUAGGAAUCCUUCCUUGGCAAUGAAUGAGUUAAGGUUGGAUUAAUGAUUAAGGCUGGAUAAGGAGGGGGAUGCUAGUCAAUAAGGCGGCACUGGAAUCAAAGGGACUUGGGGUUGAUGAUGGCAUACGGGGAAGGACUGAGAUUUACAGUAGGGCACAGAACACUGCCCUAUUAUCUGCCUCAUCCCUUGGGGCUUACUGCCUUUGAUAGAGGAGAUAUGCCUGAUUUUCUAGGAAUACCCGUCUGUCUCAGUUGCUCCACGGUCAGGAACUACAUAGGGGCAUACCCUUAGGUACACACAUAUGGACAGACAAAAGUACUGUUUUUUUUUUGUCAGGAGAAUGUACCAAAAAGCUUCUUAAAAGAUAGUAUGAGCGUUAUUCAGUAUUUGGCAUAUUGUGAACAGUUUUCAAAAUGCAUCAAAGCACUGAAAAAAAUGCUGAUAAAAUUGGUCUGGUUUCAAAUAGGAGAAUUCUAUGAGAAUUCCAAAGUAGGGAAAGGUUGUAAAUGACCUAGGAAAGAGAAAGCCAUGUAAAUAAAUGUAAAAUUUGUAGCAUAUGUAAAUUUUUGCUGGCCUUUUCUUUGAAGAGUAUUUUUAAUACAGAAUUGCUGAAUGUAAGGCAGACCAUGGACUGAACUAAGACAUGGCAUGGUUUUAAAGGGAUCAAAAUAUAUUUUUUAAAGGAAGCAGUGUCUUUGCGCUAAGUUGCUUGCCAGUGCAUAUACAUGUCCAGUUUAGUUCUAAACUGUAUUGCAAGAGACUUGUAACUUAGGGCUAUUAGGAAAAAACCAGAACUGUGAAAGCUGCUAAAGACUCAGUGUAGUGCUCUUAUUUUGAACACAUAAAGGGAUGUUUGGAUAAGAAUACUAUUAAAACAGGCCUAAUUAUUUUUUCAAAAAAAACCAAAAAAAACCAAAAAAAGGGUCAACAAGAUGGUGAUUUUGAUCGAAAUGACAAUCUUUUACCAAAGGGUCCCUUCUCAAGCAGAAAACAGGUUUCCUUUGGCCUUUUCCCAUCAAUGCUUCAAACUAAAGAUUAAUUACAAAAUGAUAGACUUUUAAAAAAAAUACAAGUGCUGUUAUUUUGUAAGAUUAUGCAGUUAGGAUUCUUUUGAGUGCUGAUUUUUUAAAAAAAAUUCCAAAUAAUGACCUAACAAUGAGUAAAGGGGAAAAGAACUAGGAUUUUAAAGCAGUAACUUGUCUAAGAAAAUGUCUGUACAAAAAAAAAUGGCAGCUCCCUCCAUGUUUACAGUUUUUUUUAAAUAAAAUUGAUUGGCAUAUUGAUUGCAUUUAAACUUUUUCUCAAAGGAAAAAAACCUUAAGGACAGGUAUCCAAAUAAUUUAAUUUGGUGUUUAAUCAGUUUGUGAAGUACUUAAAUACGUUAUGUGAAUUUGAAACAAAACUGAAAAUAAAAUAAUUCCUCCCCCAA